AUGAAGAAACUUGGCUUAAAGAAAUCCAGUGACGGAGACGAAGAAUCCAAGCGCCGGGCGCUCUUUGGCUCCAAGAACAGAGACAAGAGUCCCGCCCCUCAAGCCAACCCAUAUGCCCAGCCGAUUCCUACAGAUCCCUAUACCAGAGCGAAGAUCAAUGCUGGAGUUGCUCCUCCCCCGCCCGGUUACGAUCAAGCGAAUGGCGGUGGUCCGAAUGGCGGCGCUGGUGAUGUGAAGAGCCCUCCCGGUGCGACCGGUGGUUAUGCACCUAAUCGCUACGGAAACCAGGGAUAUGGGGCAGACAGAUAUGGUAGUGGUGGCAGCGGUGCUGGCUCCGGUUCGCGUUACGGCCCUGGUGGCUACGGCGGACUGGGAGGAGACCCGAAUGUCCCUGAGGACGCCGAUCGAGAAGCGCUCUUUGGGGGUGCACGUGAGAGACUCCAGCAGCAACAACAGAAUGGCCCGCCUCCGCCGUACAGUGCAACUGGUGCCAGUGGUGGAUAUGGAGACGGGGAUGUGCCCUCGACGACGGCCACCUACCAAGAGAGGAAUCUCACGGCCGAGGAAGAAGAGGAAGAAGAAGUGCAAGCGAUCAAGCAAGAAAUCCGAAUGAUCAAGCAGGGGGACGUUGCUUCCACCCGGAACGCACUGCGGGCUGCCGCUCAGGCCGAAGAGACUGGCCGCAACACUCUGGCCCGCCUGGGCGCCCAAGGCGAGCGGAUUCACGACACCGAGCGGGCUCUCGAUAUUGCUGCGAGUCAGAACCGCAUCGCUGAGGAGAAAGCUCGAGAACUGAAGACGCUUAACCGGAGCAUGUUCGCCGUGCACGUCUCCAACCCAUUCACGAAGAACCAGCGACGACGGGAGCGGGACGAACAGAUCCUCCAGACGCACCGGGAAGAACGAGCAACACGGGAGGGAACCCGGCAGGAGGCGUACCAGACCAACCUGCGGAUGGAGCGGACAUUCCGCGAGAUCGAACGGGAGGCGAACAAGGCGGCGCCGAAGACGAAGAAGAACCUGAGCGAGCGGGCCAAGUACCAGUUCGAGGCCGACAGCGAGGACGAGAGGAUGGAGGACGAGAUCGAGCAGAACCUGGAUCUGUUGGCGGGGGCGGCCAGCCGGCUGAACGGCCUCGCUCGAGCGACGGCACGGGAGCUGGACGAGCAGAACCGCCAUCUGGAGCGUAUCAUGGAGAAGGGUGAACUCCACUGCCUUCGUCCCUUUUUAGAGCAUGUCACACCUGCAGGAUGUCUUCACCGCAACCAUAAGCGUCAUCUGGUGAAGCGACUGUCAGUACUGGUUUGGAAGUUUUUGUAUAAAUCAUGGAAUCAUACUGCAUAUUGCAAUCCCCCAAAGCUCAAACCAAGCAUAUCAUUAGUAGUCGAUUCCUUCGUGGAGUCAUACCGCAGGUCCAACCACGAAGUUUCCUGUCAAAGAAAUAUGAAAGGAGCAACUGAAAACAAUAUGUCUCGUUCAGCCGGAGAGCUAGCUCCUUCGAAGGGUGAUCACCUUUCGUCCCAACUCCCAAACAACCAGGUGAGUCCGUACACCAAUGCAUAUUGA